AUGCCGCGAGCUCUUGAGGAGGAAUCCGAUGUGAUAUCUGCAGGACCGUCCUUCAAGUCCGUGCGAGUGUCGCCCUACUCCCAUGCCACAGCUACUCCUAGCGCAAGAUCAAAACGAUCUGCGCCUACAGAUCGCCCAGAACCCGUUGAAGUGACCGCCCUUCGAGAUGCCGAGUCAUUGCACGCUAAGGAUGCUGCGAUCAGGAGUCGUGCAGGUGCGCGCACAUAUCAUCCUAGGGCGACUGUAGUCCUGAUUGGAAUGAGGGGCGUAGGAAAGACAACGCUUGGGCUCAUCGCUGCAACGGCUAUGGGUAGGCGUUUUGUGGACACUGACACGGCAAUUGAGACUAGCCUGGGCACAAGCAUAGGCACAUUCAUUCGGUCCUUUCCCUCUGCAGCGCUCGGUUGGGCAGCUUUCCGCGAAAGGGAAACACAAAUUGUUCGGACAACACUAGCCAAACACCCUUUUGAUACCGUCAUUGCUACGGGAGGAGGGGUGAUCGAAUCAGGCGACUCUCGAGAAGCUUUGCGGUCCUUUCGGCACGUGUGCCCCGUCAUUCUGGUGCUAAGGGAGCGAGAAGCUGUUCGCGAGUAUCUCAUAAGCCAGACUUCCCGCCCGGACUAUCAAGAAAGUAUCAUCAACGUCAUGCAAAGACGCGAGCCUCUCUUGUGGAGCUGCGCCUCGCAUGCCUUCGUAUCCUUGACUUCGGAGAAGUGUGCUAGGGAGGGCGCAUCGCAUCCCCUAGCCCUCAAGGCGGUUGAGCAAGAUCUACUGCGGCUGCUGCGCUUCAUCUUCUCUCAUCCUAGCGCCCUGGGAGAAUCUCUGUACAGAUCUCCGGCGGGCUCUAGGCAGGUGUCCCCGGCUGUCACGCCUGGUGCAGAAGCCUCUGUCCUCCCGCAGUUGACCCUUCUCGAUAGCUACGACGCGCCCGACCGCAAGGAUCAAGCGACGACAUUCCUGCAUCCGCCAGGUCCCUCGGAUCCAACCAACCGAGCACACCUCUUGACAAGACGGACUGCUUUCCUUUCGCUCACGUUGCCUGAUCUGAGCAAGGUUUCACAGCAGGCUUUCGACGAGAUGGUGCAAGGUGUAGAUGCUGUGGAGUUGCGAGCAGACACGUGGCACGCGCUUGCAAAUGCAUCACGAAGCAACAGGGCAGCAUUACCGAGGGAAGAGCCGCCUCAGAUUGACUUUGCGGAAGUCGCCAUACAAAUUGCACACGCCCGUCGAUUGAGCCGUGGUCUCCCUCUGCUCUUUACUUUGCGGUCAGAUCGCGAAGGGGGCCAUUUCUUCGACGACCGCCACAUCUCCUCAAGAGACGCGCACAGCCCCCACUCCCAAGCGCUCUACUUUUCCAUUGCGGAGCUAGCUAUGGAUGUUGGGGUCGAGAUGCUGGAUGUUGAGUUGGGCUGGGACACCACUAGACUAUCAGAGCUCAUGUCGCGCCGCGGUCGAACACGAAUAGUUGCCAGCUACCACGACAUGCGAGGCGAUCUGCGGUGGGAUUCUGCUACAGCCAUGCAGCUCUACGAUCGAGCGAGAAGCUUCGAUGGAGUGGACAUCGUCGAGAUGAUAGGAUAUGGAACACCGACGCAUCCCGAACAGAACCUACAUUUGCUAACAUUCCAAGCACGCGUGCUGGCUCGCGCCGCCAGUGAUCCCGGCCGAAAGCUGCCUCCACUCCUGGCUAUCAACAUCAACGAGACUGGACGAUCUACUCGGGUCCUCAACAUGGUCCUUUCGCCUGUCAGCCACGCUGCACAACCACUUAAAGCAGCGGUAGGGCAGAUGAGUUACGCCGACGUCAGUCGUGCUCAGCAUCUCCUCGGCGUUAGCUCCGCAACGCGUUGCUACGAGAUCUCGACGACGGAGCCGUUAUCAAAUAUCAGCACAUCAGGGCGAUCAAUGCAUUUUUCAUCCCGGCUGCAGCGCGCUCUGCAAGCUCUGGGCGAAGCCCAUGAGGUCUCGGCAUUGUCGGUGCGUGAUUUGCAGGUUCAACUUCAGGAAGCCGAGAUGCGCUUGCCCGCCUUGGUCCAGGAUGCAGCCGUGCUUGGUAUCAACCUCGUCAGCGGCGCGUGGUUAGCACAAGAAGCUAUCUUGGGUCGCUUGGAGGCAUGUAGCGCGCCUCGAACGUUGUCUGCUGCUGUCGUUGGAGCUGCCGAUGUGCUGUAUCGUACCGAUGCCUCAAGUAGACUCAUGGGAACAACCGCCGGUGCUCUGACCCCUCAAGGAUUUAUGGCAAUCGCCGCUCCUUUGGGCGCGGAUCAUAGUCUUCCGGGAGCCAUCGAAAGGGUGAUGCAGCGGCUGCUCAGUCCUAUCAACACGCCGAGCCCAGCAAAUUCAGCGCUGGUCAUUUGCUUGCCUUUGCGAUCUGACGCCACGGCAGAAGCAAAGGCAGGGAAUAGAGUGGCACUACGGUCUGCCGUGCUCGCCAUGGCCCGUCUUGGAUUUGGCAGCUGCGCCGUUGUUGAGGAUUGGACUCAGCACUCACGAUCCCCAGAUCUCGACGCGUGGACGAGCAAGGUCGCAGUCUAUGCUCAAGCCGAAGCUGCAGCGACGCACAGAGCAGCCAUGGCACAUACCCCAGGCGGUCUUGGCUCUCUCGAGGGCGGUCACAACUCCCACGCGAGAAAAUGCGCAAUUGUGCGACUCUCGAGUGAAGCCCUGUCGGAUGUGGUCGGUGGCAUUAAAGCCGCCAUCGUACCGAGCGAACGUCGCAGCUCACACGCUGCGGAACAUGGGCUCCUCUCGCCACACGGUCUCGCAAGAGACAAGAACGAGCGCAGCUUCGCCAACCACGUCAGGCAUCCUCAUGCGGUGGUUCUGGUAGGAGGGACAGAGCGAGCUCAACGGAGCGCCAUCAGUCUGCUCACGGGCCGUCCAGAUGUCCAUCCAGACGACAUUGUCUUGCCAGCGGCGCUGUGGGAGAGCAAUCUCGGAGGUACGCUGAUCAGAUUCCCGACUGAGGAGCUCCAAGACGUGCAAAGCGCCGUGGAAGCACAGCCCGAUGAGUUUGAAAGCGAGGCUAGCCUAGAGCAAAACGGUUGGCUACUCGUGCCUCCGCACGUCAUAGAGCUGGAUCGCUUCAAUCACGGCAUCUUUCCAGCUUUGACCAGGAGACGCGCACCUCGCAACAUUUCUUGA